GGCAUGCAGUGACUUACAAAUUUAUAUUUUGAUAGUGAAAAACCCAAUUUAGCUUCAGAGAAAAUUGUUUUUCGAUGUAGGGAAAAAAUGCAGUGGCUAUUUAAAAUCCUAGUUGCUUUCUUAAUUUACUGGGAAAUUAUAAAUUAUGUUUGCAGUUUUCAGACUUGUCCGGAGAAUAUGAUCUCUUAUGCAUUAGACGAGAAUUCGACCAACUGGACUUGUGACUGCUUUGCAUCUUAUUUAUAUUUUUCUAAAAGUGAUUCUUGUUACGAGCCUUACAAGCAAGGACCCUGUCCUCCUGAAAACUACCUGGUGCUUCCUCCUGGGGAAAUACUCGCAAGAUGUGAAAAAAAUCCUUGUCUUGAAGAUGGUCUCGUUCCGUUUGAAGGAGCCUGUUCUCGUCUAAAUGAGCAUUGUGGGCUGCAUGAAUAUAAUUAUCUAAUAGUUGACCAAACUGAUUUUAAAAUUUCAUGCGAUCUACCAGUCCUUCAUGCAGUUAUAACUGCCCCUGGCAAAACUUGUCCAAAUGGAAGUCGGAGAAGUGCUACAGGAAUGUGUAGAAAAGUUUUACAGUGAAAUAUUGGAUAUAAAAAUAAUUAUAAACAGCGGUGAUAUCAACAAAAAGGAACGAAGGAGAAGGAAAGGGAGGGGUUGGUGUGUAGGGAAUGGUUAGGAUCUUAAGAGGAUAUCAGGAGGAUAAGGAGUAUUAGAAAGGAGUAGGGAAAGGAUAGGAGUAGAAAGAAGAUGAAAAGGGUUGAAGUGCAAAGAAGAUGUAAAGAAAUAGAUGGGUUUAAGCGGAAGGAAAAGGAGGCAAGGAGAAGUUUGGAGAACGGAUUAAGAGAAGAAAUGUGGAAACAAAUAAGGGACAUCCAUAAAUUACAUAAGGUGCAUUUUUUGAAAUUGUCAACCACACUAUCGCAUGUAAGAUCUCAUGAGAUUUUGUACUAACCCCCCCUCCCCACUAAUCUUACUAAGAUACUUUGUUCCUUUAAAAAAAUUGUAACAUUAAUGUAAUUAUCUUUUGAAA